AUGCCUCCUGUUCACCAGCCAGGUCCUCCAGUAGGACCACCCACCCCGUCAGAACCGGUCCUUAAUCCCUACACCGUUCAGUUGCAAUUCGCCCGUCAGGAACUCGAACCGGAACAGGCCGACGAAAACCAUAUGCUUCGGGACCGUGACGAACUCGCCCGCAUACAAAACGAGGUCAAUGAGAUCCGUACCCGUCGCCAGUCGGCUGCCCCUACCAUACACCAGCCGGUACCCCAAGCCCCCAUGCCACCGGCCCAUCAGCCGUUCCUAUUCGCUCCACCUCCCCAGCCGUCACCUGUACCUCUCCAGGCCCCACAACCAACUUUGGCCCUGCCGCAGCAGAGAACGCCAACACCGUCUGAGACGGAAGCAGUGCCACGUCGCUCCUUCUUACAUCAAGGUAAUGACCCCAUGAUAGCUCCCCUUCUUCUUCGUUUCAAAGCGGUGGACCUGAAAUACAUCAAACAAAUCUACCAUGGGACGUUCGAUGUCAAACACCUCAACAAACUAUCCCAUAGCUUCAUUAACCGCCUCGCUGGCGGCGAUGAGGAGACCAAGGGACUUAAAGAGCUUCUUCGAUGCUUCGAGGUCUAUAGCCAGAUCAUAUGUUUCUUUACCCAUAAAACAGUCGCCCUACCCCUUCAAAAAGCCCUAUCGGACUACCGCUACUACAUUUCCGACCUAUCAACUACCUAUACCUUCCAAUCGGUACGCCAUUUCCACGAGAUCUUCGUCUAUGGUAGGAUUCAGCUUUGUCAAAACGAUGCCCAUGCAUAG